CUGCGAGCAGUAAACCAAUCCAAACCAUCAACAACAACCACUUCGACUUUGACUUUGACUUGCAAAGGACACUCAAGGAUGGCCGCAAAUCCACGAUGGUUGAGGCUCAACGUACUCAUCAUACUGCUGCAGUUGGCCAGGCCACAGCUGACACACUCUGACCUUAGUCAGCGUAGCUCCGAUGACCAGCAUUGCGGCACUCUUGGAUUGCAAUGCACAUCGGAGUCCAUGCAUCGCAUGAUGGAGAAUCGACGCGGGCAAUUGGAUGACUACGACGAGCAUCUGGUAUAUAGACAAACAACGACUAUGCCAAAUGAGGCACGUGACCAACGGCAUGGUCAAGAGCGAGAGACUCGUGUGCGUGCGGAACGAAAUGACAUCCAGGAAAAUCGUGAACUCAUUCGCCAAGCAGAUGCAAUGCGACGUGAGGAACGUGUUGAUGUGUCUCGCAGGCAGGAACGCGAAUCAGGAGAACGCAAUGAGCGAAGUGGUGAACGGGUAGAGAUGCGAAGGGAAGACAAUGACCUCACUCGCCGGCAAGACGAAGAGAAUCGGGAGCGACGAGAGGAACGUGUAGAGCGUGAGCAGCGACGAGUAGAGCACACUGAUCGUCGACAAGAUGAGCGUCUGAUGGCCCGUCAGGAACGAGAUGAAGAUAUGCGUCGUGACCUCUCACGUCGACAGGAACGUGAAGAACGUGAUAUUUCUCGGCGACAGGAACGCGAAGAACGCAUUGAUAUGCGACGUGAAGAGCGUUUUAACAACCAGCAACGAGAGGAACGUGAUGUGACUCGUCGUCAGGAGCGUGAAAGCCGCGAGGAUAUGCGACGAGAAGACUCUGAGCUAACACGCAGACAAGAACGUGAGGAUGCAGUGCGACGAGAAGAGCGCAGUGAUCGCCAAGAACGUGAAGAUAUGCGACGAGUUGACGCUGACCGCUCACGACAACAGGAACGAGCAGAGCGUGACACAUCUCGACGACAGGAGCGUGAAGUACGUGAGGAACACAAUAAUCUGCGCCGAGAAGAAGUUGAAAGUCGUGAAGUCAUGCGACGGGAAGAAAUGGAUGACUCUCGCAGGCAGCAACGAGAAAAUAGUGAGCGACGAGAAGAACGCGAUGAACUCCGAAGAGAGGAACGUAUACAUGAAGAAAUGAAUCAAUCACGCAGACAGGAACGAGAAGAGCGCGACUUAUCCCGAAGAGAUGAACGUGAAGUUCGUGCCGAUAUGCGACGAGAAGAUAAUGAACGCUCACACAGGCAAGAACGAGAGGAGCGUGAUGUUUCACGUCGAGUGGAUCGGGAAACUUCAGAAGACGAGCGUCGGGUUGAAAAUGAUCUUGCACGCCGAGAGGAACGCGAAGAACGUGAUGUAUCUCGGCGACAUGAACGUGAGGAACGAUCAGAACGAAGCAAUCCCCUUCGAGAAGAGCGCGACGAUGCUCGUGAACGACGUGAGGAGCGCAGUGAUUUCCAACGAAUGGAGCGAGACACCUCACGAAGAGUCGAAGACAUGCGACGGGAAGAGCGUGAAGUAAUUCGGCGAGAAGAUCGUGAGGAGCGUGUUGAGUUAAUUGACAGGCGAAUGAAUACAGAAGGCAUGCGACGAGAACAAAAUGAGCGUGAGGUUUCUCGACGACAGGAACGUGAAGUGCGCGCAGAUAUGCGACGUGAAGAUAACGAACGUUCGCGAGAGGAACGUAGCAAUCUUCGAGGAGAAGAACGCGAAGAUAUGCGACGAGAAGAUCGUGACCUCAAUCGCAGGGAAGAGCGAGAGCAUCGUGACCGACGAGAGGAACGCAGUGACCUCCGACGCGAAGAUCGAGAAAUAACACGAAGAAUUGAAGAUAUGCGACGGGAAGAUCGCAGGGAAGAGCGAGAGAAUCAUGAGCGACGAGAGGAACGAGAAGAUCGAGAAACAUCGCGAAGGGUUAGCGAUAUGCGUCGGGAAGAGCGUGAAGCAUCUCGUCGAGAAGAUCGUGCUGAGCGAACAGACAGCCGCAUGAAUGUGGAAGGUAUGCGAAGAGAAGAAAACGAUCUAACGCGCAGGCAAGAGCGAGAAGAUAAUCAACGGCGAGAGGACCGUAGCGAACUUGCACGAGAGGAACGCGAAGUAUCUCGACGAGAAGAUCGCGAAAGCCGGCGAGAAGAAAGGGACUUAACACACAGACAGGAGCGUGAGGAUCGACGACAAGAACGUGAAGUGCGUGACGACUUGCGACGGGAUGAACGUGAUGAUGCGCGCAGACACGAACGAGAGAAUCGUGAGCGACGAGAAGAAUUAAGCGAUCUUCGACGGGAGGAGCGUGAAGUAUCUCGACGACAGGAUCGCGAGGUUCGCAAUGAAAUGAGGCGCGGGCACCGUGACCACACUGACAGACAGGUUCGCGAAGAUCGUGAGCGACGAGAGGAUCGAGAGGAGAGGGAACUUUCUCGCCGAGAGGAGAGGGAAGUUCGACGACAAGAACAAAGCGAAGGACAUGAGCGUGUCGAGCUCAUGGAUAGGCGAUUGGCUCGAGAAGAGAUCGUUGAUCUUACCAGCAGACAGGAACGCGAGCAGCGCGAUGAGACGAGAAGAGAACUUCCAAGGGAGACGAAGGAACAACAGAGAGAGCGGGAUUUCUCACAGCACUUUGUGCGUGAUAAUCGCAAUAGCAAUGUGCUUGCAACAACCAAGUCCAACAGUUGGGUCAGCAAGGUCUGCAGCAAGCAUUGGCUGCUGAUGAUGGGACAGGCGCUUAUGCUGCUGGCACUUUACUCGAAAAUCAGCACGAAAGGAUUUAACCUGAGACAUGUGGUUGGCAGUCAUGUGCACGGCAUUUUGCAUCCCAUCGAAUGCUAGAAAUUGACCCAGGCUGCUAACAACGGACCUGAUAAACUGAAGCGCAUAAGUACCUAAGAAACCGCAACAACAAAAAGAAAAGGAAAACCCAAAAAAAAAAAAAAAACAACAAAUUCGGACCAU